GUCAAUGUCAAAUUGUAUACGAUAUCCCCUAAAUUGGUAUCUGUAUUUUUUUUAGAAAUUGUUAUGAAUGAAGUGAAAUUCUAAUAAUAUUUAUAGUUCAUGUUCGUGUUCAAAAAAUAUUCUAAAGAUAUGGCGGAUAGUGAAAAUGUAAUUGAAUGGCAACCUUUAGCGCUUACGUUAGUCGAAUAUCCCAAAGGCGAUUUCAUCGGCAAAUUUUUUGCCCUUACCAGUUUAGCUCCUUUUGGAAUCGGUGCUGGUUUUAUCGCUUUGAUAUUAUUUCGAAGAGACCUCCAUACAAUAGCUUUUUUUGUAGGAACUCUCAUAAAUGAGCUCUUGAAUAUAAUAUUAAAACAUGUUAUAUGUGAGAAGAGGCCACUAUCAAGAGGACAUUUGUACAAUGAAUAUGGCAUGCCAUCCUCACAUGCACAAUUCAUAUGGUUUUUUAGUAUAUAUGUCUUAUACUUUUUCAUUAUCAGACUACACCAUAUAAACAAUAAUAAUAUAAUAUCAGUUUUAUGGAAAAUUAUUAUUGUUAGUAAUUGCUUUUUAUUAGCCAUUAUCGUAUGUGUUGGCAGAGUAUAUCUAGAAUACCAUACAACAUGGCAAGUUAUUGUUGGUAGCUUAGUUGGAUUUGUUACUGCAACAGUUUGGUUCACUGUUGUGCAUAAAAUACUCACUCCAAUAUUUCCACAAGUGGCUAAUUUGAAAAUAUGUGAAAUGUUAAUGAUAAGGGACACAACUUUAAUACCAAAUGUGCUAUGGUUUGAAUACACUAAGUCAAGACAUGAGGCACGUACACGCGGCCGAAAAUUGGCAGCUUGUAAACCGAUCCGAUGACAAUACGCCUUCUCGCGCGCCACGGACGCUAUGUGUCGCCCCCGGACACGCGCGUGACGAUUGCUGACCGCUGCGGCUGUUGUGCUCAGCGGUAUCAUUAUAUAUAUUAUUAGAAUGCGUUUCAAAUAUGAAUAGCAUUUAUUAAAGUAUUUGACUGUUUUGUGAUAGACAAUGAUUAUUAUUAUUAUAAUUUUUAACUCAUUGAAACACAUUUUACUAUUUGUUAAUUUAAUAUGUAUAUGAACGAAUUAUGGCAUAACUGACUAUAACUUGAUUUUUUAAUUGUUGCACAUAUUGUUUAGAUGUUUUAGAUAUAUUAU